AUCCAUCUCCAGUUCUCCACACAAUUAACGACUCUAAAAUGUCCACUCUAGAUUACUCCAAUAAUGAUCCAUUUGCUAAGUGCUAGCUUUUAGAUUAUUAACUACUACUAUUACUAAUAUUGCUCGUUUGCUUGUGUACAUAAAUGAUCAGUAUAUAAUUCGUAUACUAUACUUUCUUCUGCAGCCUCGAUUUUUUUUCAUCCCUUGUAGAUAGAGAAUAAUGGAAGGUGAAUAUUCGAAGAAGAAAAGAAGUGAGGAUGAUGAAGAGCAUCUUUUUCAUGUGAUAUAUAAGGUUCCUUCUGCUGACGGCCCUUACGGUCGAGCUAAACAUGCUCAGCUAGUGCAAAAGGAUCCAGAAGCUGCACUAGUGUGGUUUUGGAAGGCGAUAAAUGCGGGAGAUAGAGUAGACAGUGCUCUGAAGGAUAUGGCUGUGGUGAUGAAGCAGCUGGAUAGAACUGAAGAGGCCAUUGAAGCCAUCAAAUCUUUUCGAGUUCUUUGUUCCAGAAACUCACAAGAAUCAAUUGAUAAUAUUCUCCUGGACUUGUACAAGAAAUGUGGGAGAAUAGAUGAACAAAUUGCACUGCUGAAACAGAAGCUAAGGUCGAUUUACAGGGGAGAGGCAUUUAAUGGAAGACCUACCAAAACUGCGAGGUCUCAUGGGAAGAAGUUUCAGGUUUCUGUCAAACAAGAAACCUCAAGAUUACUGGGAAAUUUGGGCUGGGCAUAUAUGCAGAAAUCAAACUACAUGGCAGCAGAGGUGGUGUAUAAAAAGGCUCAAAUGAUUGAUCCAGAUGAUAACAAGGCCUGUAACUUGGCCUUCUGCCUCAUGAAGCGGGCUCGAUACGAUGAGGCCCGUUCGAUCUUGAAAGAUAUAUUGCUAGGCAGAACCCAGGGUGCUGAAGCCAUAAGGACCAGAAGUAGAGCUCAAGAAUUACUGACAGAACUGGAAAAUGAGACUCAAAUGCUACCGUUGGAUCUGUUGGGCCUUGAUCUUGAUGAAGAUUUUGUUGAUGGGCUUGAGAGAUUGAUGAAUGCAUGGGCACCAAGUAGGUCAAGAAGGCUUCCUAUCUUUGAAGAAAUAUCAACUUCUAGAGAUCAGUUGGCCUGUUAGAUGUGUGUAUUGCCUGAUUUUGGGCCAGCAGUAAAUGAAAGCCCAAUUAAUAAUGAAAAGUGAAGAAACUGAACUAUAAAUAUAUAAAAAUGUUCAGAAAAUGCGACAAAUUCGUUUAUUAUC